AUGACAGGAGUGUUUGGCAAUGACGCCGCCGACGUGUCCGUUGGGUUUCAAUUUUCACUGCGGACUACGGAACCAAGGGCGGGCUUCGUAUAUCGUGCCUCCUUGGAGGCCAUCAAUGCCAAGGCCAAGACACUGGGUGCCCGGAUAGUCUACCUGAUGGACAACGGGUUGAUCAACCGGGGCUCGUUCGAGGCCAUCUACCCUAGCCCAGACAUCUGCCUAGUUUUCCUCAAAGCAUACUUGCGCGAGGCUGUCGAUCGGGGCGCCUACGAGGCCGAUUGGAAUUCGACCGCCGUCGUCGAGAAGGUUGCAGCCCGGUGUCCCGGUCGACGAACGGUAGUCAUCACCCACUCUGCAGGGCAGAACAUCAUGCCCUGGGCGACUACCCCGAACGUCACAGCUAUCCUGGCCGCGCAUCUCCCUGGGCAAGAGACGGGGAACUCGAUUGUCGACGUUCUCUGGGGUGAUGUGAAUCCGUCCGGCCGGCUGCCUCGAAACUUGACGGAAGGGCUGAUGAUCGACUACCGCCACUUUGACUCUACGAACAUUACGCCCUUGUAUGAGUUCCGUUACGAGCUGAGCUACACCACCUUCGAUGUCGUCGGCGCUCUGUCUGGUUCCCACGUAAGGGACACCAUCCCAGAGCGGCUCCCACCGGCUCCUACCGGUGUUGUACCACCGGGAGGCAACGACGCACUCUGGAAAACUGUCGCAACGGUGUCAGCCACAGUGCAGAAAUCCCUACCGAGGGCGGGCGCUACCGUUUUGCAGUUGUAUCUGUCCUUCCUCAACGCCUCCGUGCCAACCGGCACGACGGUGAAGGUCCUCCGGGGCUUUGAGAAAGGUCUACCUUGA